UCGGUCGUCUGGCUGUCUGGCGCGCCGGCGACCACGAGCGGAGCUCGCCUAUUUAUCUAACCCGAAUGGCGCCGCAUGCAGAGUCGAGCCCAACUCACUUCGAUUUUCGGCUUGAAGCAUAUCAGAUAAACGCUUCGAGGUCGGCGAUAGUUGACAAGGGUCUGGAGAAAGGAAUAAAAUUUCAUUCAGACGGGACUUGGAUCACAUCUAAACAAGUUGCCAGCGACAGUGUGCUGUGCAACGAUCUAUAUAUUCAGUGUCGCUGGCAAGUCCAUAUCGCUCCAGUCCGUUCCAAGAGAUACUCCGGGAUAUUUACUUGUGACGAUCCACAUCAGGAUAUUCUAUAUACUGACUCACUGUCACCAGGCGAGACUAAACCGUUGCCUGAAAUCUAUUAAAGGUGCUCGGUGCUAUGUGGGAUAUUUAGUGGAAUCUUCACAUUAUUGAGAUGAUAUCGGACGCGAUAGCCGGCGUGUGCCAGACAGUCUGCAACUCCAUCCCGAGUGACGUGGUUUAUCCUGGCGCCAAUACUCAAGCGAACCACGAACAGCGUUCCCCAAGCUCUAGCCAAGAACUAUCGUUGAAGAAGACGCCCAUGAGGUCCGGGGCUAAGGAAUCUGAUAGUAGCAGUGAAUCAAAAACAUCAGAUCUGUUUCCUGACGAGAGUAUACUCGGAAACGACUUUAAGAGUUGUGAGGACAAUCUCAUGCUGUUUGCCGAGAUUCUGUACAAGUGUACCCUGUGCACCAGCCUGCCAUCAAUAUUGACUUCAAAAGGCAGUUUCCUAGCUCAUGUCACCAGUCAACAUCUGACGAAACAGGCAAGCUUUCAAGAUUGUAGCCAGUGUGACUUGAAAUUCGGCACUGAUGAAGAUCUACGUUCUCACAUUGAUUGCUCUCACGCUAUGCUCCGUGGGGAGAGGGUAGAGGCAGACAAACUCUCCGACACGGAGUCUGUGGACGACCCUGCAACGCCGUCUUCAGGCAUGGAGGAGCGACUGUCGACUCCCAGACCGCCGUUGUAUGUUGCAAGCCCGAGCAACAAACCUAGAUUAGAAUCCCCGAACCAAAACAAAAGGACUCCAUGCAACAAGUAUCAGCUUGUGAAACAGACUGCUCCAGUGGUAAAGGUGAAUGACCUUCCUAAAAGUGAAAACAUUUCCAAAAUCCAGAAACUCACCGAUCAGAUCGUUCAAGCCCAAACCGGAAGUCAAGCCAAUUUGUUGCAAUCGUGGUCGUCCAUGUCCAGUUUUACGCCCGAGUUUGGACGAUAUACAAAGCUUGUGAGAGAAGGUGGGAACAUUGUAUACUUCUGUCAGGUGUGUAAUUGGAAAUGUCAAGUGAAAGCUGCAUUUCAAGCUCACUGCAAUGGUCCCCAUCACAAUAACAAGGUCAGAAUAGCAGACCAGAAUAAUCCACAUCGUAAAAGAGGCUCUUCAUCUAAUGUUCCCACGUCUAACUCACCUGGUCUAGCUGGUGGAUCACCUAGUCAUUGUAGAUCUCCCACAGGACUGCUGACAUUCGCAAACAAGCCAGAGGUGGAAUCGUUUAGAGCGGACACUCCUUGUGAUAGCCAGAAUGGCGGUACUAUGGACAUGAAAAGAUCGGAAGGCGUGCCUGUACCUUCCCACGUGUCGGGUAAUGGAGUACAUGUGGGUCCAGGCAUGUCUGAUAUGCCAUUCCUACAGGGCCUGUUGUCGAGUCACAGAACAGACGAAAAGAGGGAGUUGGGCUCUAACUUUGUUUUCCAGAAACGAUGGGAGAAUGAUGCUUCUCGUGAAAACAAUUGUCAAGAUUCGCAGUUUGAGAAGACAACCAGAGCCCUUUCACCUAUUAUAACGAAUCCCGGCAGCGGAGAGCACUCCCCAACAGAGAAAGACUCCAGUUCAACGCCAAGGAACAAGAGAAAGAGACCAGCUCCUGUGUGUCUUCGAAAUCAGAUAGGAUCUGGAAACAGUUGGUCUGAUUCCGAUUCCGAUGAAUGUACAGACAGAGGGAAGACCUGUGAAUCUAGUUCCGACUCCGAUCAACCAGACGCCAAAAAGCCAAAACAUGCUGAGUCCUCGCCGGUCCUUAGGGAUGACUUUCAUAGCCGACUGAUGAAGAAAGCUUUGUCUGGUCAUGCACAUGUUGAAAAAACAGUGGGGAACUCUCAACCUCUUGGUCAUUCAGAGCACAUGACACCGUAUUUUCAAAAUUCAUUCAGGAAUAGGCUAUUUGCGAGUGCAUUUGGUGCUAGCUUUGGACCUAUGUAUGGGUGGUUUGGACAACCCAAUCCUCUGUUUCAAUCACCAAUGUGUUCCAAUGAUGAAACUGUGUCCAGGGAGAAAGCCUCCAUUGACCACCCCUAUGACAAUCUUGUUCAUUAUGGAUCCAAAUUAUUCCAAAACUGUUUCACCCCAUUCAAUUACACUGGUAAGCAUCGCCAGGUAAGCGAAGCUCUUGCUUCACGCCAUGACACUCGCCCACAAAGUGACACUUCCGAUAAGGGGGACAACUCUCCCAAAUCGGACGACACAUCUUGUGACAGGACGGUGUUUAAGCGGGAACCGACAGAUAGUGAUGAAGCAGUGUUUCGUUGUUCAAUGUGCGAGUUCACAUGUCAAGACAUUGUUGACUAUCGCCAUCAUUUCAUGGCCGAGCACGGUGUGGACGGAGCAGACAGUCUACUGGGAGAGAGUCAGUUUAGUACUAUGAAUGAAGGCUGGAAGAUGUCCAAGAUCAGGGACACUUUACCAGAUUUGUUGGUCGAGUGCAGCAAGGGGAACGUGUCACGUGACCUGUUAUUACAAAAGAUCAGCCUCCUUCUGGGGCUGCCUGAGGUGAUUCACUGGGGUCCAGCCUGCAACAAAGCCGUGAGGGAGGUGUUUCAAAACAGUCUGGCUCAGAGGAAAGGCAAAUACAAGAAGACAUACUUCUUCGGGGUGGCUUUGAUUGAGCAGCUUCAGGAGCAGGAGGAGCUGAGUGACUCAGAGAAUGUCACAUACCAACCACUACGUGACAUGUCACAGGACCUGGAGCGGAUACUCGAGCACCUGCCGGACCUGGUGUACUGGACGGGGGAGUGUGACAUGUGUAUAUCUGUGUUACAGACCUGGUACUACUGGACGGGACCUGGUGUACUGGACGGGGAAUGUGACACAGGAGUGUCUCGGGACGAGCUGCUGGAGCUGCUGGCUGAGAAGAUCGAGGAAAAGGAUGUCCAGCACUGGGGAGUACAAUGCAACAGAGCCAUGAGGAUGCUAUUCCCGGAAGUACAGAUGAAGAGGAAAGGAAAAUACAAAACUACAGUAUUCUUCGGUGUUGAUUACUCCAAGAAUCUACAGAAACAGAGUUUUAUUCCCACCAAGCGAGGGCGUCCCCGGAAGCUGAACGACGACGAGGACGACCAACCCUAUCCCGCUGUCUCCAACACCCCCUUCGACAAGAGCAUGUUAGCCUGGAGAGCGCAGAUGCAGCACAUGAAAUACCUCUCCCAGCCUCGUUUCCAGCAUCACUGGAAGGGGGAGGAUGGCAGCCCUCUCCUUCCCCAGCUACCCCAAAGGAGGGGACAACAGAGAUCUCCAAAGACUACAACUUCCUAGCAGCAGAACUGAGAGGUUCCUACACCAACUACCACCCGCAACCCUUCGGGUACAACCACGUGUACUCAUCCACGGUACAGCACAAACCGGAAACAGAGAUCGAAACGGAUACCAGUGCGGCCAGCAUUACAGACGAUAGUGAUCCACGAUUGGAUAAAAAUGGACGCGGAUCCCCCAAAGAGGAGGAAUGUGUUGGGAAGUAACGCCUGUGUCUGACUACGGGAUAUAUAUUCGUGGAGAUUCUGUGUUCUCGAUGGAAUCGAUUCAGUCAAGGAGGUGGUAAAUACGUCGAGAAUGAAUGCGUUGGUCGAGAGUGUGGACGAAUAACCGAGUCGGAGAAGAUUCGCUGCGAGGUUUAAACAUUUUAAUGGAAGCUUCCUGAGUGAAAUAUAAAGAGUUACGCCUGCCAAUUGCAAAUUUCAGCUGAAGGACAUGUUGGCCAGGAGCAAGGAUGUCAACUGUGACGUCACCACCGAGCUUCCAACUGCUGACAGCCACACGGACACAUACGCAUCCAUGUUUCUAUCUGGUGAACAGAUUCCAUUGAUCUUGUGACACUAAUGAAAACACGAGGAGACUGUGAAUGCAGCUGCGUCUUCUACGUGUCACGUGUUACAUCUAUCAGAUAUGAAUGCUGUAUGUCCUUGUACAAUGCCACCUCAUUAAUCGGGACUAAAACAGAUCUCACUGUAUCAUCCACUCAUUACCAUUGCCACAGUAUUGUCAUGGAGAUCUGAAAAUACUUGUAGUGUUACCAUGGUUACAACAGUUGCUGGUAUUUACUGCAAGAGGUCUUAACUAUUCCUCAAGACAUGUAACUCCUAUGCACCUCAGACUAGUUUCGGGGAAACAGUAUUCAAACUUAGUUCACGUCCACUCGUGUCAUUCCGGUACGAGCCGAAUGGUGAGUUUACGGAAAGUAGCGAGUGGUGACGAA